GCGCGCCGGGGAAGAGAGGCGAGCAGAGAGUGGAGGAGGAGGCGGCGGCGGCGGGAGCGCUCCCCAGGAAUGUCGCUGCCGCCGCCACCGCCGGGGCCGCUGCCGUUGAGGAGGAGACGGAGGAGACCCACGGUGUUAGGAAGAUGAUCGUUAUGAUCUUGAAGACCUUUCUGCAUAGAAAUGAGGGAAGUACAAAGAACCAAAUAUAGUUCUGAACUUUCGGAUCUGUAUUUUGAGAUGAUUUUAUUUUCAGAAUGAGAAGUAUAUCUGGUUAUCUUUAUGAAUGUAGAGACAUGAGAAGAGAGUUAUGAUGGCAAAAAACAAAGAGCCUCGCCCCCCAUCCUAUACGAUCAGUGUAGUUGGACUCUCUGGGACUGAAAAAGACAAAGGUAACUGUGGAGUUGGAAAGUCUUGUUUGUGCAAUAGAUUUGUACGCUCAAAAGCAGAUGAAUAUUACCCAGAGCAUACUUCUGUGCUUAGCACCAUUGACUUUGGAGGACGAGUAGUAAACAAUGAUCACUUUUUGUACUGGGGUGACAUAACACAAAAUGGUGAAGAUGGAGUAGAAUGCAAAAUUCAUGUCAUUGAACAAACAGAGUUCAUUGAUGACCAGACUUUCUUGCCUCAUCGGAGUACGAAUUUGCAACCAUAUAUAAAACGUGCAGCUGCCUCUAAAUUGCAGUCAGCAGAAAAACUAAUGUACAUUUGCACUGAUCAGCUGGGCUUGGAACAAGACUUUGAGCAGAAGCAAAUGCCCGAAGGGAAGCUCAAUGUAGAUGGGUUUUUACUGUGCAUUGAUGUGAGUCAGGGAUGCAAUAGGAAGUUUGAUGAUCAACUUAAAUUUGUGAAUAAUCUUUUUGUCCAACUAUCAAAAUCAAAAAAGCCUGUAAUAAUAGCAGCAACUAAAUGUGAUGAGUGCGUGGAUCAUUAUCUUAGAGAAGUUCAGGCAUUUGCUUCAAACAAAAAGAACCUUCUUGUAGUGGAAACAUCAGCACGAUUUAAUGUCAACAUCGAGACAUGUUUCACUGCACUGGUACAAAUGUUGGAUAAAACUCGUGGCAAACCUAAAAUUAUUCCCUAUCUGGAUGCUUAUAAAACACAGCGACAACUUGUUGUCACAGCAACAGAUAAGUUUGAAAAACUUGUGCAGACUGUGAGAGAUUAUCAUGCAACUUGGAAAACUGUUAGUAAUAAAUUAAAAAAUCAUCCUGAUUAUGAAGAAUACAUCAACUUAGAGGGAACAAGAAAGGCCAGAAAUACAUUCUCAAAACAUAUAGAACAACUUAAACAAGAACACAUAAGAAAAAGGAGAGAAGAAUAUAUAAAUACUUUACCAAGAGCUUUUAAUACUCUUUUGCCAAACUUAGAAGAGAUUGAACAUUUGAAUUGGUCAGAAGCUUUGAAGUUAUUGGAAAAGAGAGCAGACUUUCAGUUAUGUUUUGUGGUGCUAGAAAAAACACCUUGGGAUGAAACUGACCAUAUAGACAAAAUUAAUGAUAGACGAAUCCCAUUUGACCUCCUGAGCACUUUAGAAGCUGAGAAAGUCUAUCAGAACCAUGUACAACAUCUAAUAUCAGAAAAGAGAAGGGUAGAAAUGAAGGAAAAAUUCAAAAAGACUUUGGAAAAAAUUCAGUUCAUUUCACCUGGGCAGCCGUGGGAAGAAGUUAUGUGCUUUGUUAUGGAGGAUGAAGCCUUCAAGUACAUCACAGAGGCUGAUAGCAAAGAGGUGUAUGGUAGGCAUCAGCGAGAAAUAGUUGAAAAAGCCAAAGAAGAGUUUCAGGAAAUGCUUUUUGAGCACUCUGAACUUUUUUAUGAUUUAGAUCUUAAUGCAACACCUAGUUCAGAUAAAAUGAGUGAAAUUCAUACAGUUUUGAGUGAAGAACCUAGAUAUAAAGCUUUACAGAAACUUGCACCUGAUAGGGAAUCUCUUCUACUUAAGCACAUAGGGUUUGUUUAUCACCCCACUAAAGAAACCUGUCUUAGUGGCCAAAAUUGUACAGACAUUAAAGUAGAGCAGUUACUUGCCAGUAGUCUUUUGCAGUUGGAUCAUGGCCGCUUACGGUUGUAUCAUGAUAGUACCAAUAUAGAUAAAGUUAACCUUUUCAUUUUAGGGAAGGAUGGCCUUGCCCAAGAACUAGCAAAUGAGAUAAGAACACAAUCCACUGAUGAUGAGUAUGCCUUAGAUGGAAAAAUUUAUGAACUUGAUCUUCGGCCAGUUGAUGCCAAGUCGCCUUACUUCUUAAGUCAAUUGUGGACUGCUGCCUUUAAACCACAUGGGUGCUUCUGUGUAUUUAAUUCCAUUGAGUCACUGAAUUUUAUUGGGGAAUUUAUUGGAAAAAUAAGAACUGAAGCUUCUCAGAUCAGAAAAGAUAAAUACAUGGCAAAUCUUCCAUUUACAUUAAUUCUGGCUAAUCAGAGAGAUUCCAUGAGUAAGAAUCUACCAAUUCUCAGGCACCAAGGGCAACAGUUGGCAAACAAGUUACAAUGUCCUUUUGUAGAUGUACCUCCUGGUACAUAUCCUCGUAAAUUUAAUGAAACCCAAAUAAAGCAGGCUCUAAGAGGAGUAUUAGAAUCAGUUAAGCAUAAUUUAGAUGUGGUGAGCCCAGUUCCCACCAGUAAGGACGUAUCAGAAGCUGACUUGAGAAUUGUCAUGUGUGCCAUGUGUGGUGAUCCCUUUAGUGUGGAUCUUAUUCUUUCACCCUUCCUUGAUUCUCAUUCUUGUAGUGCUGCUCAAGCUGGACAGAAUAAUUCCCUAAUGCUUGAUAAAAUCAUUGGUGAAAAAAGGAGGCGAAUACAGAUCACAAUAUUAUCAUACCAUUCUUCAAUUGGGGUAAGGAAAGAUGAACUAGUUCAUGGGUAUAUAUUAGUUUAUUCUGCCAAACGGAAAGCGUCAAUGGGAAUGCUUCGAGCAUUUCUAUCAGAAGUUCAAGACACCAUUCCUGUACAGCUGGUGGCAGUUACUGACAGCCAAGCGGAUUUUUUUGAAAAUGAGGCUAUCAAGGAGUUAAUGACUGAAGGAGAACACAUUGCAACUGAGAUCACUGCUAAGUUUACAGCACUGUAUUCUUUAUCUCAAUAUCAUCGACAAACUGAGGUCUUUACACUGUUUUUCAGUGAUGUUCUAGAGAAAAAAAAUAUGAUAGAAAAUUCCUAUUUAUCUGAUAAUACAAGGGAAUCAACCCAUCAAAGUGAGGAUGUUUUUCUACCAUCUCCCAGAGACUGUUUCCCCUAUAACAACUACCCUGAUUCAGAUGAUGAUACAGAAGCACCACCUCCUUAUAGUCCGAUUGGGGAUGAUGUACAGUUGCUUCCAACACCUAGUGACCGUUCCAGAUACAGAUUAGAUUUAGAAGGAAAUGAAUAUCCUAUUCAUAGCACCCCAAACUGUCAUGACCAUGAACGCAACCAUAAAGUGCCUCCACCUAUUAAACCUAAACCAGUUGUACCUAAGACAAAUGUGAAAAAACUGGAUCCAAACCUCUUAAAAACAAUUGAAGCUGGUAUUGGUAAAAAUCCAAGAAAACAGACUUCCCGGGUACCUUUGGCACAUCCUGAAGAUAUGGAUCCUUCAGAUAACUAUGCGGAACCCAUUGACACAAUUUUCAAACAGAAGGGCUAUUCUGAUGAGAUAUAUGUUGUCCCAGAUGAUAGUCAGACUCGCAUUAUUAAAAUUCGAAACUCAUUUGUAAAUAACACCCAAGGAGAUGAAGAAAAUGGAUUUUCUGAUAGAACCUCAAAAAGUCAUGGGGAAAGGAGGCCUUCAAAAUACAAAUAUAAAUCUAAAACCCUGUUUAGUAAAGCCAAGUCGUACUAUAGAAGAACACAUUCAGAUGCAAGUGAUGAUGAGGCUUUCACCACUUCUAAAACAAAAAGAAAAGGAAGACAUCGUGGAAGUGAAGAAGAUCCACUUCUUUCUCCUGUUGAAACUUGGAAAGGUGGUAUUGAUAAUCCUGCAAUCACUUCAGACCAGGAAUUAGAUGAUAAGAAAAUGAAGAAGAAAACCCACAAAGUAAAAGAAGAUAAAAAGCAGAAAAAGAAAACUAAGAACUUCAAUCCACCAACACGUAGAAAUUGGGAGAGUAAUUACUUUGGGAUGCCCCUCCAGGAUCUGGUGACAGCUGAGAAGCCCAUACCACUAUUUGUUGAAAAAUGUGUGGAAUUUAUUGAAGAUACAGGAUUAUGUACUGAAGGACUUUACCGUGUUAGUGGGAACAAAACUGAUCAAGACAAUAUUCAAAAGCAGUUUGAUCAAGAUCAUAAUAUCAGUCUCGUAUCAAUGGAAGUAACAGUAAAUGCUGUAGCUGGAGCUCUUAAAGCUUUCUUUGCAGAUCUGCCAGACCCGUUAAUUCCAUAUUCUCUUCAUCCAGAGCUAUUGGAAGCAGCAAAAAUCCCAGAUAAAACAGAACGUCUUCAUGCAUUGAAAGAAAUUGUUAAGAAAUUUCAUCCUGUCAACUAUGAUGUAUUCAGAUAUGUAAUAACACAUCUAAACAGGGUUAGUCAGCAAAACAAAAUCAACCUAAUGACAGCAGACAACUUAUCCAUCUGUUUUUGGCCAACCUUGAUGAGACCCGAUUUUGAAAAUCGAGAGUUUCUGUCUACUACUAAGAUCCAUCAGUCUGUUGUUGAAACAUUCAUUCAGCAGUGUCAGUUUUUCUUUUAUAAUGGAGAAAUUGUGGAAACUGUGAACACUGUGGCUCCUCCACCACCUUCAAACCCAGGACAGUUGGUGGAACCAAUGGUACCGCUUCAGUUGCCACCACCUUUGCAACCUCAGCUGAUUCAACCACAGUUACAGACAGAUCCUCUUGGUAUUAUAUAAGUACGAAUUGAUUGCAGACAGCCUGAAUUUGGACAAAAAGCAAAUCUAGGCAUGCAUGUUUCAGGGUUCAGUAGUAUACUUGAUUUUUCUUACAGGUAAUUCACAGUCAAAAUGAUGAGACAUUUUCUCUUUGAACUAUAUGGUAUAAUUCCUUAGUCAUUUACAUUACAAAUCUAACAUGUGAUAAGCAUGACUGGAGAGGUUUAAUUUUUAUAAACAAAAAUAGCUAUAAAAUACAAAGCUGCUGUUGCAUGCAACCUUAUUGCAAUCAGUAUAUCAUUCCUGUGGCAUUUUCUGUCACAUUAUAUUGUGAAUAAAAUUUUUCUAUAGAAAUUAAAUGAUUUAAAAACUCACAUAUAUGAAACAUUUAAUGCUUUUCAGCCUGCUUUAUGGCUGAUUUUGUUAUUUGAUGUGCUGAUUUGGGCAACUUAAUUUACAUUUUAGCAGUCUGUGUAGAUAACUAAAAGCCCAGUUAAGUAUUUUAUAAUUUCAGGCUACUUAUGCCAUGCUUGGGAUGUUGUUUGAAAGAAAGAAAAAUACACUUAUCAUAUUUCUGCACCUUCAUCUUUACUUCUAAAUAAACCUGUGGAUGAUUUGAUGAGGGGUAAAUGAACAUAUUUCUUGUACACGCAUACCAAGGAUAUACUUGUGGCUAAAGUGAGUUGAUAAUAUUGUGCAGAGGAUAGUUGUCACCAACUCAUUUCUUUAUGGUCCAUAAUGAAAUAAACAUCUUGUAUACUGUUAAUUCUGUAAACAGAUGCAUGUUCAAAAGAUCUAUGAUGGUCUUGUAAUCUUAAUCUAAUAUAUUUUAGAUAUUUUAAUUUUUUCCCUCUUGGGAAAUACAUUUAGUAUAGUGUAGAAAAUACUUCAUGACAUUUUCAUAUAAGGUUAUAUAACUUUUCGUACAUAAACAUGAAAUUUGUUGUAGAAAAUUCUUUAAACCAAACAUUUUAAUCUAGGACUUCAAUUUAAUCUGUUCCUUGAAUCUAUUUUUAUGUGGCCCUUAAAAACAUAUCCAAAAAUCCAUUGCUAAUAUAGCAAUAAAAAUACUUUGGGUACUGACAGCCUCUUUGGAGUGUGUAUAUAUAAAGUUGCAAACUUGUAUUCAUAUUCUUUUCUGUGAUAUGUUGUACUAAAAUCCAAAAUGCUUUUGCACCAUUUUUUUAAACAAUUUUUUCUUUUGAUGUUGGUACCAGAUUUGCUGUAAAUGAUUGCUGCUUUGGGGGUUAAACAUUAUGUUAGUAAAGAUCCAACCAGAACACUAAAUUAUGGAUAAAAAUUUCAGAACUGGUGGCAUAAAUUUUUUUAGGCUUUAUUCAAAAUUUGUUUAUUACCAAACCAUGCCAUUUUUUUCUGGAAAGGAAAAAAAAAAUGGUUUGUUUUUCCUUGUUAGGUUAUCUUUUCCUGUAGGAAAGAGGAAAUUCUUUGGUCCGUGUUGUAAUCCUCAUUCAUAAUACAAUUUUAAGGUUGUCUUAUGUGUAUUAUAGUAAAUAGAUGAUUUUUAGACUGGAGGCUCCUAAGAGUUUGAUUUGCUCCAUUUUUCCCUAAAAUAAAUACCGUCUUUCCCAACUGUUAUGUCCUAGGUAUUGUACUUCUAAUUUUAACUUCAGAAUCAAGAUGUCAACAUCAACCAGGCUGCUGUUGAAGUACAUGUAUAUUAUAAAUUAUCUUAUUUGUGUUAUACUCUUACAUGUUAUUAUCUUUUCUAAGAAAACAAAGUCCCUAUUAUUCCUAUUGCAAAGCACACAGGAAUUAAGAAAGUACAGUAAUUUUUAAAAAGAAAAAUCCGGUAAAUGUAGUAUUCUUAACUUGUUCUAUAUUACUUAAUAACCUAUUGUCUAUAUAGCUUUAAUUUAUAGCUGUCAGUUUAACAUUGGCAUGUCUGGCAAAGAAAAUUAAACUUUAAGAGUUUUAUAAACUGUUUCUAGGUUGCUAAAGAAUUUAUUUUUCUACUAUAUAUGGUAUAGACAAAGCUCAAAACUAUGUACAGGAAAAAAGCCUGACUAUUUCUUUUGGAAGUAGGCUGAAAAGAGAAUUUUCAGAACUGUUCUUGUCUUCAGUUCAUUUGGUCAUGACUUUGCUAUUGUAAUAUGUGAAUCCCAGUUUAUUUAAGCUAUUCUCUUUUAUACUUUGUUAAUUUAACUUUCAUGUACAUUAAGUACCAUUUUUGUUAUUAAAACUAGCAUUUAUCAUUUUCCACAUUAACUACCUUACACCUUCCCCAAAACUUAUCUCCACUUUUCUAUGCAUUCUAUAAUUGAUUGAAAAGCUUCGUAGUGGGUCAUUUAAAAUUCUACAUUUGGUUCAAUUAACCUAUAGGUUUCAGUUAAUUGAAAAUUAAAGUACAGUUUAAAGCUCAGUCUGUUACACUGAAUUGAUUGCGUUUGUUUUUGCCAAGGGUUUAGAUAUGUUUUUAAAUAUUAGAAAAAUAAUUCUAAGAACAGAAUAAUAUAAUUAAACUUUGCUUUGGUAAGUUACUGGAAGGUCUCACUGUUUAGGGACAUAUUAUAUAUGAGACUUAAAGGAUGAAAAGGAUAUUAGAUAGUCUCAUAAUUAUGGGUAAACAUUAAGGCAUUAUAUUUUACAAUUUUAAAUAAAAUUCCAUCUACACACAUGUUGCCAUUGUUUCAUUUAAGCUUCAGUGCUUGUAGUUACUACAAUAUUGUACUUAACAGUGGUUAGGUUAGCAAUAUAAAGAUGUAUAGUGGUACUCCUUUUCAAAUUUUUAAUAGAUUUAUUGGAAGUCAAAUUUUAUUCAACAGACACUAGGAUAUACAAUUAAUUUUAGAACAAAAUUCCAGGCAUAAUGUAUUUCCAUUUGAAAUGGUAUUUGUUUAGUGCUUUUUCCCCCCUAACAUUGACGAUGUAAAUACUGUGUAGGUAACCACAAUCUAACUUAGCCAAAAAGCAGCUUUUAUUUUCCAUACUGUGUGUAAAUAAUGUAGACCCUUUUUUUUUUUUUUAGGUACUGGAAUUUAAUUUCUAAUAUCUCUUAGAUAUAAACAAAAGGGAACAAUUGGAAUAAGAUUUAGGCCUUAGCUUCCAUGGUGAUUUUUAGUUUUUUAUACGGUAAUAAUUGUGAUGCUAUUUGUCAACUGGAUAUAAAUAUAUAUAUAAUUUUAAAAAGUCAAAAGUGCUUUGUUUCUUUGUUUAUAAUUAAUGUAAUUUUGUGCUUCACCCACAGGAUGCUGCAGUAAAUUAAAUAUCAGUGAAGCUUCUUCUGUAUAAAGAAUGCUCUGAAUAAAACAUUAAGAAGCUGUGUAAUUUUAAGUUAUAGUUGCCUCUAAUUUUACCAUUUCAUUGGUAAAAGCUAUUUUCUUUUUUGUGUAAAAUAGGAAAAUAAAAAUAAAUUUUUCAAUAUGAUGAAAGUUUUAGUAGGGAGGUAUAUUACUAAGCUUUUGUACUAUACCAUGAGAGGAGAUCCAAAAUUCAUUUUGGAUGUACACAUACUGGUGAAAAUUUAGAUUUUAAAUGUUCAGGAAAAGAUUGAUUGCACAGAUUUCUGAUUCCACUGUUACCUGGACCUGAAUUUUGAGCUGUGGCUAGACGUUCUUUUGAGCCACUGGAAAUAUUUUGAAGCCUAUUUUAGUUUAUUAGCAGAGCUGCUAACAUUGAAAAAUAUACUUUUGUUUUCUCUUAAUUGGUUUAUGAAUAUUAAGCCAAACUUUUUGGAUGUAUGUUCUCAUAUUCUGUGGAUCUGAUGAAGUCUGACUUAAAUUUUUGUUUUUCUUGAAAUUUAUAAUUUUAAUUAAUUAUCUUAAUUCUUAGGCUGAACAAUUUCUGAUUUGUUUCAACAGUUAUGGGUUUUAUUUACUUUUUUAUUGUAUUUGAAUUCUUGACGUUCUCAGCAGCCUUUUCAGUUUCUCAAAUGUCUGAAAAUAAAAUUUUCUAAGAUUUAAUAGGGGAAGGAACCACUCUUCAAAAUGGAUUUCUUAUGGUAACAUCGGUGUGUAGUUGAGAAAACUGUACAAGCAUUAAUAUCUCAUACCCAAUAUCCAAUCAUUAGAUAUCCAAGUACUGUGAUCUCUUUACAUUAGUUAAAAUCGAAUUAACAAACUUUGAGGAUAUUUACUAUUAAGUUGAACCUUGUCAUCAUCCUAUAAGCAUGAUUUCCAUCCCCACACCCAAUAUUAGUUUUAUCUCUGUGGGUGUGGGGGCAGGUAGGUGGGGGGAUCCACAGAUGUCAUAUCAGUUAAAUCUUAAAGUGUUUAAUAUUAGUAUUUCAUAGAAAUUUUUCAGGCAAUAGAAAUGAUUUUGGAAGGCUAAUGGUAGUCAAAGUUUUAAGAUUUCAAUCAUUACUGUUUAAUAUAUAAAAUUGAUAAACCCUAAAAUUAAUACAGUGCUAGCAAUUUUGGUUGUCAUUUUACAAGUAGUGCUAAGAUCUACAGUAAACACACUGAGUAGUUGUCACAGAAUUUGUAGUUUAGAAACACUUGUUUAAUUCCCACAGUGCUGAUUUUCUAUUCAAUUUUAUUUGCCUCGUGUAAAAAUUAUGAACAUUUUAAUAAUGGCUCUUCUGUUCUAAAAGUUUGCCUCAUUUUUAGUUAAGAUUCUCUUAGUGUUGUGACCUAUUUUUUCAAAAUUAUUUUGUAUUAUAUUUUAUUUCAAUACAAGUGAUGUGGGCUUUAACAAUUGACCUGUUUACUCAUUGCUUCACUAGUUCAUACAAGUUAGUUGUAAUUAUGUGUCUCCACUCACCAGAUCAUUUUCUUGUGACCUUAAUAAACUAAAUGUUUUGUCCUAA